AUAUGGUCGGGAAUGGUAUCAGUCUCUGAUAGUGUGUGCAAGGGGAAGGAUGUUGAUCCAAAGCGUGUGUGUGGUGCUUCUGAGCUGCCUGUGCUUCGGCCAAGAUCAAGAUGUAUCAGAGGAAAAUACAAGGCUUGCGGACGGAGAAAAAAAGCUCAGUGACAACAUUCUUGAAGUGUUGGAACACUUUAAACAACCGGACCCCAUUGGGGUCCCCGGGGCCAGUAUUCCUGACCCGUACGGGGUCCCAGACAUGAAGCAGACUCUCACCUUUGGCACUACACUGAAUUUCAAAAACACAGCGGUUUAUGGCAUCAGCAAAUUCAGAAUAAAGUACAUCAAUGCUGAAAUUGGAGCCAUGGAGGUUCAAGCGGUCAUGACCAUUGACAAGCUACAAGCUCGCGGGAACUACACCAUGUCCACGUGGCUCAACAGGGCACAGGGACCCUUCACCGUCGAUGUCACGGGCCUCAUAAUCAAGGCGCGCGCCAAUCUGGGCGUGGAGCGAGACGGCAAGCUGAGGGCACAACACAUCAACAUUGACAUCGGAUUCAGCACCAUCAACGUCAACUUCGAAAACUUAGGCUUCUUCGGGAGCAUGUUCCAGGGAAUGAUCAACUCCGUCGGCACUUUCGUCUUUGACACCAUAAAGCCUUACAUCCUGAAGGAAGCCUACACCAAGGUCAGAGCCGAAAUAAACACCAAAUUGGACGAAGUGGCCGGUGAUAUGCAGUUCCCUAAUUCAAUUUCACCCCUCGACAUGGUCAUCGCGGACGCCAGGAAGAAAGUGCGCGGGAUGAGCAUGGACCCGUACAAAAUUAAGGACUACAACGCAACAGUGAGCGUGUUCACUGUUCACCUCACGCACACGUGGGUAACCGGCAUAUCGUCUUUCCAGCGCGUCGGCAACAUCACCCUUAAGAUGGAGGAGAACACCCUUGUUGCCGACUUUGAAAUUGGGACCCAGAAACUGGAAGGCCGAACUCAGUGGGAGCUAGUUGCCGUGAGUGGCUUGAUGUCUAGGGCAGGCACUGCUUCCUUUUCGGUGGAGUACAUAAGCGGGCGAUUGGUACUAGCGCAGCCUCUUGAUACCAGAAAAACUCCGGUAUUUCGGGACUUGGAUUUGGAAGUUGGGAAUAUCCAGGUUCGGUGCGACGGAGCGGGAACAUUGGACUACGUUAUUGAGUUAGCUGUGAAUGUUCUUCCUAACUUGUUGAGGUACCAGAUCAUGGACGCGUUGGAAGGGCCGCUGCAGGAGAAGAUACAGCAGGAGCUGAACAAGAUCAACGUGGAGGAGACCAUAAAGCAGGAGCUGCCCAAACUGGACCAAAUGGAACAACAGGGGUUCAAACUCUCGUCGCUCAAGACCGCAGAAGUUGUCGAUGAGCCUUAUGAUCAAGACGAGUUCUUUAACUUCUAAAAUAAUAUCUUAGGUUAGUUUAAUUAAACUAUCCCAACUAAUAUUAUAAAUGCGAA